AUGGGUAAAAAGCUAGAAAUCUAUAUCAAGGACUAUUUCUCAAAGCCUGCCACUUCCCCCGACACACUCAAAGCAUCGGAGAGACGCGGAGCUGGUGCGUGCGCGCCUCUGAGCACAGGCGGGAGCGCCGGGUUCCUGCAUCUCCACCCUCCACAUCUGACCUCAUCCCCCGGCAUCUGGGCGCCGCCGAGCCCCACCUGCACCUCGCUCCCGCUGCCCGCGCCCCGCCGGCUGCUCCGCUCCCCCCGGCUCACUCGGGCGCUCCAGGGCCCCGACCCCGCGGCGUCCCCGCUCCGUUCUUCCCCCGCCCGGCUCAUCCCGCUCCCACCGGCGCCCCCGCCCACGUUACUCCGGCUCCGGCCGCGCCCCGCCCUUCCCGGCCCGGGGCUGCCCUCGCACCCGCAGCCAGCCACCCUGCGGCCGGCCGUCGCCCCCCGCCCUCCCACGCUGAGCCCCAGCUCGCCCUCGCCCCACGUGAGCCCGGCCCCCCACCCACUCGCCCCCCGGGGCCGCUCCAGCCCCGCCCCCCGGACCCCGGCCCCCGGCCCCCACCCCGCCGGGCGGGUCCCCGACCCCCGAAGCCCUUCCUCGGCAGCCCCGCGGCUCCUCACGCCGCCGGGAGCCCGCCCUGGGCAGCCGCCCCCCCACGGGGACCGCGGGCCACCCUCCCCAGGCCAACCCACUCCCCUGCACCGGGCCCUGCUCCACGCCCCGCCGGCUCCUGUCACCGGCGCCGGCACCGCCGAGACGACCAGCCGGCCCGCCGGCUCGCUCCCGAGCGGCCCCGCCAGGCGCGCGCCGCUCACCAGGGCCGAGGUGCCUGAGGCGCCGCCGCCGCCGAAGUCCCCGCUGCACAGCCCCGCGAAGCCUCCAACCGCUGCCGCCUCCCGCCUGGCACUGAGCGCCGCGCGGGGGAGGGCGCCCCCUCUGGUGGCGCCGGGGGGUGCGAGUGGGCUGCGGAGGAAGGCGGUAGCCGAGCCCACGCACCGCCCACCACGAGUCAACCCCCCGGGCCACGCCUCCGGGCGCCCCCGGGCCACGCCCGCCGCUCCUCAGAACCGGGAGGGGCGUUCUCAGAGCUCCGCCCCGCGGCCCGCCUGGCUCUGCGGGGCCGCGUCCCCCGGUCCUCAGAGAUUCUCGCAGAGCCCCUCAAAGCCGGAACCGCGGCGCCUCCGAGCCCCGCCCGCUGCCCCCGCGGCCCGCGGCCCGCCGCCCCGCCCACUGCUUCCGAACCGACCCGAAGGCGCCGCCAAGCCCCGCCCGCCGCCGGAAGCCCCACCCACGGGCCUGACCCGGCUCUCGGCCUCACAGGCCCCGCCCACUGCCCGGGUCGCCCGCGCACCGCCAGGCCCCGCCCCGAUUCUCCGACUCCCGCCUCCGGCUGCCGAGGCCCCGCCCCCGCCCGGGUGCAGCCGCCCGCCCGGCUCGCGAGGCCGCCUGCCUCCCCGCCCACCUCCCUGCGCCGUCCCGCGCGGCGUGCGGGGCUCCCGGGGGCCGCCCCUGCGCCGGCCGCACCGCUCGGCAGGGAGCGCCCCCCUCCACCCGGUUCCCAGGUGGGGAGCGGGGUCCCUCCCUUCCUUCUGCGGGCCGGAGUCACCCGUUCGCGUCACAGCUGGGCGGCCCCGGCCACAGAGCUGGGAUUCGAGCCCCAGCUGUGACGCUGUCAGACCGGGUGUCUUGGGCCAGUUCCCGUCACCCCCUGAUGGUUAG